AAUAAGAAGCAGCCUCUCUUGUGAAGUCAUCCCCUCAUUAGUCAUAUUUUCUUUAGCAUUGGAGAUAUUGUGGUGGGUAUAAUCAUGGCCAAAUCAAUACUCAGAGUGAAAGUUGUAUCUGCUGAAGCAUUGUCCUCCUUCAAGAUUGAGCGGGGUGGCCUGCCAAGUUUAACAUGCUUGAAAGGUUUCUGUGAUUCUGCACCAAACGUUGAGGUGUCGAUUGAAAAGGAUAUUGAUGCAAAGCCACAGAAAAGGAAGAGUGGGGAUAAUAAUGUGAGACAACGAGCAGCAUGGAUGCGUGACCCAGUGAGCGGCAAUUUUAUUCCAGAGGAUCAUUUUGGUGAAGUUGACAUUGCUGAACAUAGAGAAGACGUUCUGAAGCGUCAUUCUCUCUCCAAACUCAAACGCCCAGCUUAAUGAAUGAAGCUAGAGCCUCCCAUCCAUAUCGUUUCUAAAGAUCAGGUCAUUAGACCACAAUAAUUAGUCGUCGUGGUAUCGUGGUACGGAGGAAAAUAG